AUGUUUCUAGGCCAAAACGUGAAAUUUUCAGGCUAUACACCCCAUGGAGCUCGAUCACGAGUCGAAAUGGCCAUAUUCAACGAAUUCUUCUCCUAUUCAAAUCGAGAUCCAAUUAUGGUAUUUCCAUUUAUUGUGGCUAAAGAUGGUGGAUCAAUGGCUCGAGUUGAACAUCUGAGAGAGGCAAUACAACAGUUGGACUAUGCCGGCACAAAUAUUACCCAUCGUGGUCAAUCAUUCUUCUCACUUUGCACGGAUUUUUGCCAAGUUAACGAACCAAUUCGACAGUUCUAUAAUGGCCUAAUGAUGAAGGGCAAUCUGUCAGGGUUGGAUCAACCAAUUACUCCUACAUUUCCAAUGAUGGAAGUACUUGGCAAAGAGCUUGAUCUCAGUCCGAAUUUCUUCGGUGUUGAGACGAAUGCAACUGAUCAUACUGUGAAAUUCCUAAAAGUUGUAGCUGCACAAUUCCGAGCAGGACCACCAGACGAUUGGGAUAAGUACGAUGUACAAGACUAUGAACGAAAGCUAACCGCUUAUUUUCAACACGAAAUGCAAUCCGAUUUACUGUAUAUUUACCCGUUCUCGCUUACAUACACCUCGGACGAGAUUGUCAGAACCGGACUUUCAAUCUUUCCAUUCCUUGCUGUUGGAUUCACUAUUAUGAGCAUAUUCUCGGUUGUUACUGUAUUCUAUAGUAGUAUGGGAAUGAACCAG